ACUCCAUUGGAUUGUAAUCAGCGUCAUGUCGGAUUUAUGUAAACUACAACAUUGUAACAAAAUGGCGACUGUUUAGGUCACGUCAUUAAUGCAGGCAGCAAUGUUUUUUCCUACAACUCAACUGAUACAAGCAAGUUAUCAUUUGGAUCUUGAAGGAACUUACGUCAUUCGAAGGAAUCUUGUUCCAGGUCGGUCGGUAACUGUCCCAACCUUCGAGGAAUUUACUAUCUAGCUACUUUCAUCUUAUUUUGUGAGGUUACAUGUGAGCUUCUACCUUGGAUGAGGAUUUACAGCAGGAAUGUAUUGAUGCCGAGGUGGAACAUUACUUUUUGACCUUCAAGAUGUGUUGGAUGUAUCAAAUGUUUCACAACAACAAGGGAUAUUCUCUAUGGAUCACUUUUUCCUAAAUCUCAUUGUUUAACCAUGGUGGAACUUGCUAACCCUCUCUAUACGGAGUGGAUUCUAGAAGCAAUACAGAAAAUUAAAAGGCAAAAACAGAGGCCUUCCGAGGAGCGGAUUUGUCAUGCGGUGGCUACCUUACACAGAUUGGACAAGAGGACCGUUCUGGAGCAGUUGGAGUUAAGUGUUCACCAUGGUUCCAUUCUCAAAGUCACCAAUAAGGGGAGUGUGUCGUACAAAGACCCUGAGCACCCUGGGAGAGGAGUAUCUUCAUCAACAACAUCGCUCAAACCUGUUAGUGCAAACCUCUCUGUCCCAUUGUCUAAAGGAUCUAUAUGGAAUCCCAGUGAACUUCGCCACGUUGACUGGAAUAAAAUUCUGAGGAGGGCCAUCGAGGGUCUGGAUGAUAACCACGGUUCCUCUCUGAAGAACAUCCAGAGGUACCUAAGGAACCAGGAUGAUCUAUCACACGUCCUGGACAACCCAGGGUUUCAGCAGAGGUUACGACUGUCCGCCAAACGGGCAGUCAACAACGGCCGGCUGGAGAAGAACGGCCCACUCUACAGGUUAAACCAGGGGGGUAGUGGAGUGGAGGGGAGGAGCCAGAGGUGUCCAGGUGCUUCCCCAUUGGCUCUUCAGUGUGUCACUCUUCUUCCACAUGAGAGCGACCAGCUACGCGCUGACCCCAUCCCAAUAUGCAGUUUCUGUUUGGGAACGAAAGAGUCCAAUCGGGACAAGAGGCCAGAGCAGCUUCUCUCCUGUGCAGACUGUGGGAGCAGCGGGCACCCAUCUUGUCUGAAGUUCUCCCCAGAGCUGACCACAAAUGUGAAGAGAUUGCGAUGGCAAUGUAUAGAAUGUAAAACCUGUAGCUCCUGUCGAAUACAGGGCAAAAACGCUGACGAGAUGCUGUUCUGUGACUCUUGUGAUCGGGGGUUUCACAUGGAGUGCUGCAACCCACCACUCUCAAGGAUGCCAAAAGGUACCUGGGUCUGCCAGGUCUGCAGGCCCAAGGAAAAUGGAAAGAAACUGCUGCAUAAGAAAGCCGAUGAGAUCAAACGUCGAUAUGCAAAGCCAAUCGGGAGGCCCAGAAAUAAGCUCAAACAUAGAAUGUCUGUAAGCAGUGGUGACGGCUCCAUGCUAGCCCGGGGAGGAAGGGGGUCACCUGGUAGGGGUCAAAAGCUUACCGUCUGUUCCACACCUUCAUCUGGUCAUGCAGCAUCUGUGAAGGACGCCACAGACUUAUUGGCUGUUGCUACAUCAAACCCCUGUUGGGCCGGUGACGCUGUCACCUUCACCACCCAAUUCACCACCUCUUCCACCCCCUCCACCACCCCCCCCCUCACGCCCACCUCGUCCUCUUCCACCCCAGCAGUUACACUCACUGUUAACAAGAAAACCAAAGGGCUUAUCGAUGGGCUUUCCAAAUUCUUUACCCCCUCGCCUGUCGGCCGCAGGUCGUCGCGAGCCGGCGAAAUCUUAGACCCCUCUGCCCUGAAAGGGUCACAGUCUUGUUGUCCUGCUAGGAAAAAGCCGGGCACUCCGCCGAAACUAUGGAAACUCAGUCCAUCUCAGUCAGUCGUUGGCUUAGCUGCAAAGUCUGAUACAACUCCAAGUCAAAAGCUAACUACCACCACCAUUUCUCCCUGUACACUCCCUCUCCCCCCCCCACCCACGUCACUUGGACAUAGUCCCACCACCUCCCUGGUCUCCUCCAGCUCCACCUCCGCUAACUCCCCCCAGAGUUCUUCCAGCCAGUCUAGCGUCCCCUCCAUCACCAGUCUCUCUAAUCACAACCAACUUAAGGGACUCUUUGACGGACUCUCCCAUAUCUAUGCCACUCAGGGACAAUCUCGGAAAAAGGGACUGCCUUGCUACGCACCACCUAAGCGCAGACACCAUAAGCAGGACUUAGGGUCCUGUGCCACCGCGUCCAAAACAUAUCCUCUCAUUCCUCAUCCUCCCCAACAGCGCCUCGGAAAGAAAGAGAUGACAAAGAAUAGGUUGUUGUUGUCGUCCCACUCCUCCUCCCAUCCCAGGCCCGGCCGGCCCAGGGGGCGCCCCUUUAAGGUGGUCAGUCACUUCAGACGUAGCCCCUUUUUAAAAAAGCACAGGACGCUAGGCAGGCUAAGAUGUAGAGUGACCCCUCAGAAGGGACCCCAGGAAACACCAGGAAAGGGAGACAUGACAGACGAAGGAAGAAUUAAGGCAGAGCACGACCAUGGCUGUGAAGGUGAAUUGAGGGUGAAGCAGGAACCUGGCUUCGUAGCGGUCUCCAGGGAACAUGUCACAGAGGAAGACAUGGAGAUAUUCACACAGGUCCAAGAGCUCUCGUCGCAGAGAAAUGGAACCAUGACUAUCACUAACUCUGGACGAUACCCGGCCGUCAUUGAGUUUGGGAAGUAUGAAAUCCAAACCUGGCACUCAUCGCCUUACCCACCGGAGUACUCAAGAUUGCAAAAGCUUUACCUGUGUGAGUUCUGUCUGAAGUACAUGAGAUGCAAGAACAUCCUCCAGCGACACGCCAAGAAGUGUGGCUGGUUUCAACCUCCAGCCAAUGAGAUUUACAGGAAGGAUGACCUUUCAGUGUUCGAGGUUGAUGGAAAUGUUAGCAAGCUCUUCUGCCAAAACCUCUGCCUGUUAGCCAAGCUGUUCCUGGAUCACAAGACCCUAUAUUACGACGUGGAGCCUUUCCUUUUUUACAUACUAACAAAGAACGACGAGAAAGGCUGUCACCUUGUGGGUUAUUUCUCCAAGGAAAAGCUUUGCCAGCAGAAAUACAAUGUCUCCUGUAUAAUGAUCAUGCCUCAGUACCAAAGGCAAGGCUUUGGAAGGUUCCUCAUUGAUUUCAGUUACCUUCUGACAAGGCAGGAAGGACAAGCUGGCUCCCCAGAGAAGCCUCUGUCAGAUCUGGGUCGCUUAUCCUACCUGGCAUAUUGGAAAAGUGUCAUGGUGGAGUACCUCUAUAAGCAGCCAGAUAAACACAUCAGCGUUAAAGGAAUAAGCAGGGCCACUGGGAUGUGUCCGCAUGAUAUCGCCGCUACUCUCCAGCAUCUCUGCAUGAUUGACAGGCAGGACGGCAGGUUUGUGGUGAUCCGAAGAGAGCGGUUGAUCCAGAGGCACAUGGAGAAGCUGCGAGCCAGUCCCAGGCUGAACCAGGUGGACCCUGACGCACUGCACUGGACCCCCAGCCCCAGGCUGAACCAGGUGGACCCUGACGCACUGCACUGGACCCCCAGCCCCAGGCUGAACCAGGUGGGCCCUGACGCACUGCACUGGACUCCCAGCCCCAGGCUGAACCAGGUGGACCCUGACACACUGCACUGGACCCCCGCAGUGGCCCUCAACGCUGUCCUGUCUGAGGAGGAGAGAGAGGUUGAGAUGGAUGCUGAGCGACUGAAGGAGCAGGCUAGUUGGGAGAAUGAAGAGAGAGCGGUGUCCUAUCUGAUGACUAGCAUACAUCACCCUCGUCCUCCCACUAAGGUCUACAGUAAGAACCCCUUCAGAGCAUAUGAGCGUCGCCCCACAACCGCUGGAGACCAAAGACUGCACGCCUCUGAGGAAUGUAGUGAUGAUGAAGAUGAGGAUGAUUGUGAUGGAUCGCCUCCCAUCCUAACGAAAGCCCAUGCUAUGUUUGGUGUCAAGAGAAAGAGAGAGAGAGCUGAGAGAGCUGUCAUGCUCAAGAAGAGAGGUCGCAAGCGAAGAAGGAUUAAUAGCAGUGUGACGACAGAGACCAUCUCUGAGACGACGGAGGUUCUGAACGAACCGUUUGACAACUCUGAGGACGAGAGGCCCAUGCCCCUGCUGGAGAGGACCUGCAGGGUGGGCGAGAUGGAGGAGGAGGGGCUGAGGAAACCAGUGAAGAGACGCAGAGGUCGUCCGCGGCUGGAGAAAACCACGGAUAGAGACAAUUGUGAACACUGGAAUGAAGUAGCCGGUGUCCUGUCAAAGAAACCGGGCAGGCCUCGAGCGGUUAAGCGCAAGAAGGGCUGGCCCAAAGGAGUGAAAAGGGGGCCUCCAAAAUGGCGUCUGAAGAAGGAGAGGAAGAUGGGCUUCAAGUUGAACCUCUACACUCCCCCCGAGACGCCGUUGGAGGCCGAGGAACCCCACAUCCAGGCCGAGGAGCCCAAGGAGGAGCCGGAGGACCAGGACAAGGCCUCGACCAUCACGGAGGAGGAGUCAGAGUCCGGCAGAGACCUGGUCAGUCGUGACACAGUUAUGGACAAGCGCCUGCCCUCAGAGCCCCACAUUCCCAUGGAGGAAGAGAGUCCUAGUAAACUGAGCUCCCCUGGGGUAUCUCCUGUGGCUUCUCCCAUGGCCUCUUCUCCGGUAGCCUCCCCUAUGGCCUCUAGAGCAAGCUCCCCUAUCUUCUCUCCUGUUGGCUCCGCUAUGUGUUCUCCCGUCAGAUCCCCCAUCCGUGACGAGCCACCGGAGGUGGACCCACAAGCCAGUGAGCACGGGGACUCUCAAGCUCCUUCUCCAUCCAAACAGCUGGACCACAGCACUGAAAGAUCAGCCGAGGAUGAUGAAGACGAAGAGGCCACUCACCUGGACGCGGACGAUGAAGACGAGAGUCGCAUGGAGUCGACGGCAGAGCCAGAGAAAGAGGAGCAGAAGCAAGAGCCAGAGCCUUGUCAGGAGCCUCCUGAAGCGGAGUCCUGCACCACCCUGACUUUUUUACAUCCAAAUGACAACAAUAAGGAUUCUGAACGACGUCAGGAGGGGUCUGAAGGGAUGGCCUAUAGGCGUGAGGAGGAGCGGCCGGCCAACACUGGAGACGAGAGAAGAGAUGGUAUCCAGGAACAGGCACCAACCACAGUAGCAACAGUAGACUCUGACCACCCCGUUGACUCCGAGUCAGAGGAGAGUAGCAGUCAGGAGGCUCGACGCCAGCCCCAGCAGACAGAAAGGGAUAGAGAGAGGCUUGCUGCUCUGAGUCCUUCUGCUGUGCUGAGAGACCGAGAGGAGGAUCGAGAGGAGGAUCGAGAGGAGGACCGAGAGACGGCCCAGGCCGUGCAGAGCCUCACCCAGGAGACAGAGCGCGACACAGAGACACUGCAGGACAGCCCCAGCUCGGUGUUCCACCAGGAGGCGAGCCACAGCCUGCAGACUCACCCUAUGGUCCCCCAUAGCCCCCCUCACACCCUAACCUCGCUGGACGAAGGCUGCCCCCAGUCGGACCACAGCAGCCCCCUGUCCUCGGCCCACUCCCACCCCAGCCAGUCUGUGCGCUCUGUCAGCAGCCCAGCGUUGUCCAUCCUGGAGAGUAGCAGAGGCAGCAGCAGUGGAGGAAGUGGUGCAGGAGGAGGUUACACCCAGAUCAGCCCUGACCACGGCUCCAGCGGCGGAGCCUCCAUCUCAGUCCCCUCUUCCCUUCACAACAUGGAGACCAGCCCCAUGAUGGACGUGCCGUCGGUGUCGGACCACUCAUCCCAGCAGGUGGUGGACAGCGGCUUCAGCGACCUGGGCUCCAUCGAGAGCACCACAGAGAACUAUGAGAACCCCAGCUCCUACGACUCCACACUGGGGGGCAGCAUCUGUGGCGGUGCCGGGGGUCCGGGCGGACCUGGGGCCCCCCCUCAGAACAGCUGUUCCUACGGCCCCCUCCCCCCCAGUGGCCUGGUGCAGAGCAGCUGUGCCGUCAGCCAGCAAAUGGGGGGUGUAAACCCUGGAAGCUGUGGCAUGAUUCAGCAGAAUAGCCUGAGCUCCCCGCAGCACUGCAACGUCAAGUCACCACAGGGCUGUGUGGUGUUGGUGGAGCGACCACCGAGUAAUGGUCAGCACAGUCACAGUCAACACAGCCAGCACAGUCACAGUCAAACAAUCAUACACAAUCCCCAUGGCCAUACUAGGCACACUAUCACUCCACACAAUCAGCAUCCGCAACAUAAUCAGCCUCACAGCGCUCCACACAAUCAACACAGCCAGAUAACGCAACACAACCCACACACACACCCUGCACACAGUCAGCCACAUGGUGUACAUCACAAUCAACACAGCCUUCACAGUCAACACAGCCUUCACAAUCAACACAAUCAACACGGUCAACACAGCCUUCACAAUCAACACGGUCAACACAGCCUUCACAAUCAACACAGCCUUCACAAUCAACACAGCCACAGUCAGCAACAGGCUAUGACACAGUGUGGCAUGCCUACCAACUUCACGGCGCCCAUUCAGCUAGCUGACAUCCCUGAGUCAGGCAACCCCAACCUGAGCAGCAUCUAUGAGAGGAUGAACCAGGAGGGCUAUGGCAGCGGUCAUUACUCCCAGCCCUCGGCCACCUUCAGCCUGGCCAAACUGCAGCAGCUGACCAACACCCUCAUAGACCACCCUCACUCUCUGCCUUUUAACCACUCUGCCUCCCACACCCACCCUAUCACAUCCUAUGCAAACAGUACCUCCCUGUCAUCACACUCGCAGCACUCUGGCCUGGUGUCUCUGUCCCAGUCCCCCCACCCCAGCCACCCUCGCCCCCAUGGGGUCUCUCCUCUCCCCGGUGGCCCCCAGGUCCAGGUGCAGGCCACCAUGACCCCCCCUCUGACCUCCUCCCACCCCCUCAGCUCCCCACAGAUGAUGCUGCAGCGCAACACCAUGGGCAUCCCUAAUAUCCCUACCUCCCAGUGGACUCUACAGGCUCAGAUGGCCCCCGGGGGACCCAAGGGCCCCACACACAUUGCCAUGCGCUCCAAGUCAGCGGCCUCUGGUCUCUCCUCCCACCCCCACCACCAGCAGCAGAUGUACAGCCACACCCGUGGGCCCCAGACAGUCACCAUGCAGGCCCCCUCAUCCCGGACGCUGGCAGCCAUGCCAAGGGGCAUGAACAUGGGCACGGUCAACAUCAUGCCGGCCCCUGGCAAUCCCUACAACCAUGCUGUUAGUGUCAACUCCAUGAACAUGCCCUCUGCCUCCAUCAACCACGCCAUGAACAGCUACCACGUCACAACCCAGGGGCCAACCAUGAUGGCGGCCAACGGUGGUUACCACAGCAACCAGAUGUCGGGCCACCAGAUGACGGCGGCCUACAUGAACCAGUCGCCCGGGGCCCAGUACGCCUCUAUGCAGAUGGGCAUGAUGGGAACACAGCCAUACCCCCAGCAACCCAUGCAGGCUCCGCCGCACAGCAACAUGUACUCUUCAGCUGGUCAGCACGGAUACAUGACCAACACCGGACCCAUGUCCAAGCAGACACUCAAAGGGCCUUUCAUCAGACGGUAACCCAUGGUUACUAACCUAACGGUUAACGAAACCGUAGCUAAUGACAAACAAACUGAAUCAAUCUGACUGGAUGUUUAAAUCACACAAAUGUGCAUUAUUAUUACUAUGAGUCCUAGAUGCACAAAUUUGGCCUUUUUUUGUUUGUUGAUAAUGUUUGUUUCUUUGUUUUAAUUUUGUUUAUAGUUACUUAAAAACCAGCACUUGGAAAGAAUGCAAAAAGUUUCAUCAACAAGCAAACUUUUUACAACAAGCUACUAUCUAUGUCAAAGUAUUUUUGUUCCUAACAGAUUUGUGUUCUUUUAGGUUCUAAGCCUUACCGUCAUGAAGAUAAAAAUGUAUUUAAUUAGUAUUAGUCUCCCUGGUCACUCCUUAGGGUAGAGGGGGAAAGAGACUUCAUCACCGGGAGUGAGUGUAGUUAUGUAGCAGCCUCAAACUAAGCCAUCUAAUGUGCCUGCUACAAACAGACUUAAACAAGUGGAUAUUCCUAGAACCUGUUCAGUGUACCUGUCUAACAGUGCUGACGAUUAGUUUGUACUAUACUCAUGCCUUUGUAUAUUUAAAUUAUUGUACUUAUUUUGUAAAGCAUGCUUCGGUCUCCAGUCUCCGUUAGUAACAGUGCAUUGAGUAGUACUGUACAAGUGUUGUGCUUAAUAGCAAGCCAUUCUAAAUAUAUUUUGGCCUUUAUUAGGUUCCCCCUCUCACAGGGCGGGGGAGAAAGAUGAAACUAUAUUUUGUUAAUUCUAAUAAUGUAAAAAAAAAGUGUAAACUUUAGUCCUGUUCUUCUGUAUGUUUGAGAGGUUUCAUUGCUAUGUAUGUAUAAUUCUGAAGUCUUUUGUAACAGAUGUCCUUCCUUGAGGCAGCUUUCUGUUUUAUAACACAGAAGACUGAUUUCUGUCAAGAUAACUAAGCAUAUCUCAGUGUUUGUACCCUGACUCUGAUUCUAAAACAUUUCAAAGAGGUGUACAAAUGUCGAGAAAUGUGGCGGAAUUUAAAAAAAAAAACUAAAUGAUUGAUGAUUAUUAUUAAUAAUAAAGAAAUAUACAUUUAGUCCAAAGUCGAUAUUUUACAUAAAGCCUUUAAAAAGUAACAUUUUCAUUCCAUCUGUAGAUUUUUUUUCUAUCUUUAUAAAAUGUUGGAUUUAUAUUUUAUAAAGUGGAUAAGACUAGGGGAUGUAACUAGACCAAACUAAGCUAACGGAUUGCAUGUAAAAAGCAACUUGUGUUUUUGUCUAUAUUGCUCUUUUGUAGCCUUUCUACCUGUACAGAAUGGCUGGUAGGGUGAGAGCCAUGUCUCCCAUGUGCACAAACAAGCAGUCUUUUAUUGAAGCCUUUCUCCUUUGUCAGUCAUUUAAAAAUGGUGUACAUUUUAGCAUAAAAUAAGUUAGGAUUGACCAUGCACACAAUUUUACUCCAUUGAUUUAACUCCAUUGACAACUGAUUUAACUUCAGAUUUAUUGGGAGAUUUGAAGUUCAAAAUGUUCAACGACAGACUAGGCAAGGCAAUGUCUUAUUUAUAAAACUUGAGCAUUUAUUUUAAAGAGGAAAUCUGCAGUUGAUUGCAUACAUUUUUUCACUGUGUGAUGUAUAGCCAUGGAUUAUUGAAUAAUAUAACUUAAAUGCCUCAUGACCUUAGUUGUACCCAAUUACAACCCAAAAUAUAAGCAUGUUUUACUCCAAAUGUUUGUAAACGAAAGUCAAUGUUAACACCGCUUCAAAACAUGGUUAAAACUCAUUCUGAUUUCAUGGAUGGUCUGGCAGUAUACGUGUAUGGAUACAAGAUCUUCAUCUGACCCUGCUUCUCACAGGAAAAUAAUCCUGCAGCAACAGGAAAUGUGAAUUAUGUGGAUUUUAAUUAAUGGACAUUUUUCUAGAGGUUGAUACAUUUUUUGGUUAGGGAAAAUCAAGUCUGAAAUGUUAGUGGAAAUUACUGACUUUAGAUACCUUUACAAUUUGCAUUUCCUGCUACGCAGGAAAAUUAUUUAUGACAAAGUGAUCCAAUUUAGAAAGCAGCUCUGUAGCUCUUCUCUAAAUUUGAGUGUUCAAAUUUCUCGAGCCCCUUCCCUUAGCAGUUUACCAAAACAAGUGGCAGAAGUGUUGCUUUGUUAUUGCUUUAUUGUUUGAACUGUGGAUAUCCACUUUAACUCUUUUAAAUUUGAAGUACAUUUGGAGUACAGUAUUUUUGAAGUACUAGGAAACCUACUUGUUUGACCAUUUUUUUUCACUGUACACAUUUCUUGUGGAACCAAAUGAUCUAAAUUAAAUACAUUUCCCUUUUCUCAGGGUGCAUCGAUCACAUUUGAUCCUUCUAUU